GGACCGGCCGUGGCCGGGUGUCUCUGUUGUCCCCUGCAGAUGUGGUGACCCUGGAUCCCACCACGGCUCAUCCCUGUCUUGUCCUGUCGGAGGACUGCAGGAGCGUGAGAUGGGGAGGUGCUUAUGAGAACAAGCCCAUCAACCCUGACAGAUUCACCACCUGGGCCUGCGUGCUGGGCCGGGAGGGCUUCACGGAGGGGAGGCACUGCUGGGUGGUGGAGGUGGAGGGGAUGGUGGGAGGCUUUUCAUGCUGGGCUUUUGGGGUGGCCAGGAAGUCUGUGGAGAAGAAGGGGAAAUUGGAAAUGACCCCUGAAGAAGGGGUCUGGGGGUUGCAGAACUGGGACUGGAAAUUCGAAGCCCUCACCUCUCCUCGCACGCCCCUGUCCUCGUUCCUGGUCCCCAGCAGAAUCUGGGUCUGUGUGGACUGCACGGAGGGGCUGGUGACGUUCAUCAACGCCGACAGCGGGGCCGAGAUCUUCACCUUCCCACCAGCCCCAUUCGAUGGGGAGAUCCGCCCGUGGUUUUGGGUGGGGAGAAAGAGAACCCAGCUGUGCAUUGGGGGCAGCUCCUCCUAA